AUCCUGAUUGCUGUGCUGUGCGGCGCUGCUGCAGAUAACAUGCCCCUCUGUGACCACCGGCAGCAAUGAACGACUCGGUUUGAAGGUAGCGGCUCUGCGGCAUGGAUGUCCGCUGACUGAAGGAGCAGCCUUUAUGGAUUGGAGCUCAACGUCGCCGGAGCAAAUCUGGAGAAAUUCAGAGAGCGCUGUGGGGGGGAAUUCAUCAUCUAAGACCACAGGUCACAUGACAGAUUUGUGUAGUGAUGAAGCAGACAACUCUCCUCCUCUUCAGCCUCACACACUCAAGCAGUUUGAGCAGCACCUGAAUGACCUGAAGAAGGAGAACUUCAGCCUCAAGCUCCGCAUCUACUUCCUGGAGGAGAGGAUUCAGCAGAAGUACGAGGAGAGCAGUGAGGAUGUCUACCGUACGAACAUCGAGCUGAAGGUGGAAGUAGAGAGCUUGAAGAAGGAGCUGCAGGAGAAACAAGAACUUCUGGACAACGCCCUCACGACAGCAGAGAGCUUGACCAACAACAAUGAGGCAGAGCUACAGAGGCGGUGUCAAGAGAGACAGCGGGAAAUCGACCACAUGCAGCAGGUGCUUGAGACGAAAAUUCAGCUCCUGCAGGAGGAGGCCCAGCUAGCGCGUAGUGAGGCCGAGAGAAUGGCCUCGCUGGCUGGAUCCCACUCUCACGCCUCCCUCGUUUCCCUGGACGCCACCAUGGAGGACAUCCCUGAGGACGAGAGAUCUCCAAACAUCCUGUUCCCGUCCAACGCCAACAAAGACAGGUUUAUAGAAGAACUGACUAAAGAACUUCGCUCCAAGGAGGCUCUCAUCACGGAGCUGUGCGGCGAGAAGACGAUGCUCACACACAGGGUUGGAGAGCUGGAGGAACAAGUUCAGGAGCUGUCUUCAUCUCUGCUGCAGAAGGACAAGGAUGUUGAGUUUUACCAGGAGGAGCUUAGUCAAGAGAGGCUUCACAUCGAACAGGAGAUGCAGAGCCUCGUUGAGGAGCAGCAGAGUCGGCUCAACCAGUACGAAUGUGCGGCGGGUCAGUGCGUCAGCGAGCUGCAGAAGGCCCAGCUCCAGGUCCAAUCCCUGCAGGCAAAGAUCCAGGAGAGCGAGGCCAACAACAUGAAGCUGCAGGAGAAGUUGAACGAGAUGGAGUGUGAGCUGCGUUCGCUCCGACAGGCAGCCCAGAGUCAGGAAAGAACCAUUCAGGGCCUCACAGAGUCCAUCACCACCAAAGACAGCGAGGCCCAGGAGCUGUACCAUCUGAUUGAAGGCCAGAACAGCACUAUGUGCAAGCUGCAAGAGCUGGCCCAUCGUAGCCAGCUCACUCAAAGCCAGACUCCCGUGGGGAUGAGCGAGUCUCUGACGUUCGGCCAGCUUCAGGGCGAGCUGGUCCGGGUGCAGAGCUCUCUGUUCUCUCUGGGUCUGGAGCUGGAGGCCAGCCAGAGGAGUCUAAGGCAGAGCCAAAGGCAAGGCGACGACCUGCUGAGGUUCAAGGACAGGCUCAGCUCCGACCUACAAGAGGAACUGCAGCACAGGGAGGUCACAGAAAAACACAACCAGGACCUGCGCGGUGCUCUGCAGAAGAUUCGCUCCGAGCUUCAGACCAGAGAGGCGGCUCUGAAGGAAUGCGAGGCAGAGAAGACGGCAGUGUUGCAAGAGAAAGACGGGAUCAUUGCACAGCUCGAGCGCUCCCUGCAGGACAAGGAGCGGCAGCUGGAGGAGUACUGUGACAUGUUGGAGUCGACAAAAAGCUCUAAGCCAAGAGAUGCUCUGCUAGAGAAGCUGAGGGAGCGGAUUAAGGAGAGAGACCGAGCUCUGGAGCACUCCAUUGAUGACAAGUUCCGCUGUCUGGAAGAGCGCGAGGGCCAGGUGAGGGCGCUKCAGCUCGCCCUCAGGGAGAAGGAGCGCGACCUGGAGAGGCUCCGCUGCAUCCUGUCCAACAACGAGGAAACCAUCACGGUACGCUCAUCGGCGAAUAGUUUGGAUGCUCUGGUGCGCAGCAAGGAGCUGGAGCUGGAGCAGGCAGCGGAGGCCUACAGGAACCUGCAGUGGCUGAAGCAGAAGAGCGAGGAGAAGGAGAAAACGRCUCUGAGGGAGAAGGACACCAUCAUCCACCAGCUGCAGGCGGCCCUGCAGGCGCGCAGCCAGGAGAUGCAGGACCUAACGACCGCCCUCGUUGCCCGGGUCCAGGCCGGCCCAACGGGGGUCGUGGAGGAGCUGAAGGCUCGGCUGGCCCUUAAAGAGAAACUGUUCCAGGAGCUGCUGUCCGACCGCACCCGGCAGACCGACGAGCACCAAGCGCAGAUCCUGGAUCUGCUCAGCACGCUCAGCUCCAAAGACCAGUACCUCCAGGAUUACUCGUACAGGCUCUCCUUGGUGAUCACCGAGCGGACAAACGAGCAGCAGGAACUUCGCAAGCAGCUGACCCAGACGGAGCAGGAGCUGAGCGAGGUGAGGCGAGAAAGAGAGAGGGAGACGGGAGGAGAGGUGGAGCAUCUGCGAAGCCUGCUCAAGGAGAAGGAAGCCUUUAUUAAGAAGCUGAUCCAGGAACAGGAGGAGGCCAUGCAGGAGGAGAGGGAGGCCGAAGUGAAGGCUCUGAAGGACGAGAUCCAGCUGGUGUUGAAGAAGGAGAAGGAGGCUCAGAAGGAGAUCGCUGACCUGCGCUCCUCUCUGGCCCAUCGGCAGAUUCAGAAUGCGGCGACAAAAGACGGAGCUCAUCAGCAAGUAAGAUGCGUGCUAGAGCAGCUGGUGUCUGAGUACAACAAGCUGAAUGACGCCCUGAGGAUAGAAAAGAGGCUAUACCAAAAUCUGACCCAACUUAGCAGAAGUGAUGGCAACAGCAGCGCAGAGAAGAUCCAGACCCUGCACACCGAACUAGACUCGGUUCAGGCACUUCGAGGGCAGCUGGAGGAGGUUCUGUCCAGGACCCGUAGCAUGGCCCUGGCACUGGAGCGGGCAGCUAAAAGGCAGCCUGAGUUUGGAGAGUUCAGCUCAGAAGAGGAGGAGGAGGUAGACGAUGAAGAUGGCAGCAGCGAGGAGUUCACUGACAGCAUAGAGGAGGAGGAUAACAGCCUGAACUCCACUCAGGCCUCAGCGAAGCCUCAGAGAGCCGGUGAUGAGCGACUGGUAGAGGAGACGGUGCACCACCUAAAGCAGCUUGAAGAAGCCAAGAGGACCCUAGAUGCUCAGCUUGAAGAAGUGCAGUCGCAGCUGGAAGAGGAUGGAUACGCGUCUUUAUCUGACAUGAGGAGCGCCUUGCAGAGGUUGCAGCAGGAGAACGAGGCUCUGAGAGAAAGUCGGGGGUGUCCGAGAGCGGGGGGUCAGAGGAGGAACGCAGAGACUAAACUGAGCCGACGGGAGGAGAGGGAGAGGAGCAGCGCUGAGGAGGACGACGAAGAGUUUGAAUCAUCUCCAGUGGUGUCGGGGAAGCGAGGCCCCUCUAGUCUGAGCGCCGAGUCGGGGAAGAGGCACUGCAUGAGGCCGAGCUCGCUGGACCUGAAGUCCAAACCGGCUGAGACGACGGUGGAGUCCACCGGCAGUGGCAGUGAGGCCGGAGCGAUUUGGCAGGAUAUAGAGGAGGGUCUCCGGGAGCAGGCGGCUCGUCUUCGCUCUGACCUGAGCCUGAGCCUGCAGGAGAACAGAGAGCUGAAAGAGAGGCUGAUGGUGUCCGAAGCCACCGUCCAGGCUCAGGCCGAGCAGCUCAAGGACUACAGAGAUCUGCUAACAGAAACGUCCGUGCAGCAGGCCAGUAAGCAGGUGCAGGUGGACCUCCAGGAUCUCGGCUACGAGACCUGCGGCCGCAGUGAGAACGAAGCCGAGAGGGAAGACGCCAGCAGUCCAGAGUUUGACGACUUGGAGAUGUGCACGUCGCUGUCCCAGCCUCAGGACUGUGAGGGUGCGGGUGGCRGCUGGUACGGYGGGAACUGUARCGGGAACAGAGGGGCUUCCAACACUGGGGACGARUCUGCGUCUCUCCAGCAUCUGAUCCGGGAUCUGCGCUCCCAGCUGACCCGCUGCCACAAGGUGAUCCGCGGACUGCAGCUGCRCGUCCGCUCUCUGUCCGCCACCAGCGACUACGCCUCCAGCCUGGAGCGCACGCCACGCAAGGUCAACUGGGCGUUUGAGAGGUCGGCGGGCCCCAGUGCAGCGGAGGAAGAUGAAGGCUGGAUGUCAGACACGCAGGGAGUCCGCUCCAGCUCUGGGCACAGCAGGGAGCUGCAGGAGCUCAUGGAGCGAGUCGCGUCGCUUGAGGCUCAGCUGAAAASCACUGCUGCAGAAGACAAAGGUCAACCGGAAGAGGGGAAAUGUGCCACCUGGCCUGGGAAGUACAACACUCUGAUCCAGGCUCAGGCUCGUGAGCUGUCCCACCUCAGGCAGAGGAUGAGAGAGGGCCAGGGGGUCUGCCACAUCCUGACGCAACACCUGGGGGACACUACCAAGGCUUUUGAAGAGCUCCUGCGGGCCAACGACGUCGAUUACUACAUGGGUCAGAGCUUCAGGGAGCAGCUGGCUCAGAGCAGCACCCUGGCUCAGAGAGUGCUCACCAAGAUAAGUGGACGUGAGGGGACCGAGAACCACAGCGAGAAAACAGGCCAUGAGCUGCUUGCCUUACGGCUGAGUAAGGAGCUACAGCAGAAAGACAAACUCAUUGAGUCACUCCACACCAAGCUCCACCAACGUCCUGAGACUCCGUCCAGCUGCCACGCCCUCUCUGAGACCACCGACCAAUCGGACAGGACCUCCCUGGUGUCYGAUGAGUACCAAAGUAACGAAGACUUGGAGCUGUGCUCGGACAUGGCAGCCACAGAGUUCCCGGAGGAGCAGCGCCUCCGGCAGCAAGGCCACGYGUCGCAGCCAGACGUCCGUCCAUCUCUCCCGCCUCUUCGUGGCCUCCUCAAGGCUUCCAACAGCUGUCCCAGCAUGCUUUGCUCUGCYGCAGGUAGAGCCCCUUUCAGUGCACCCAUCUCAUCCCUCUCUGUGUCCUCCGGCCCUGACGUCUGGGGUUACGAAGUCAUUUCUGACCCCCGGCCCAGGGCCCUGUCUGUUGCCGCUGUUCACCCAGAGCUGGACAUGUUCUACAGACAGAUGCAUGAGCAGAACAGGGGAUUCCCGGUUGCCCAGGACAAGACCCUGUUCKGYCUUUCGCCUGGCCCGCACAACCAGCACGACCUCUCCAGCUACAACCAGCUAUCCCAUCAUGCCUUUCAACACUACCAGCUGGGUGGCAUCCCUGAGUGCCACUCCGUUAAAUCUGACUCAGGUCUUUUGAGAGGACAGCCUCUGUGGGACGUGGACAGCUUAGUUCAGCCAAACGGGACCUUUUCUGGAAACCAAACAGCAAGCAGCCAAACAGGUGAGGUGAUGGUGUGGAAAAACAACUUUGUUCACUUUUUGUUACUUGGCAACCAGGAACUUUAA